CAGGGGCCGCUCGGGGCCGCGGCGCUGCCCGCCCCGCAUGAGGCGCCGCUCCCCCGCCGCGCCCCGCUCGGUCCCCGCCGCCGCCGCCCUCCUGCGCGCAGGGCCCCCCCCGCGGAGCCCCGAUGAUGGACAGGAACUACCCCGCGACCCCCGGCUUCGCCGAGCCCCUGGCCCCGGGCGCCGCGCCGCCCGCCGCCUCCUGGGCCUACGAGCGCGGCGCCGGCAGCCUCAAGCCCAGCUUAAGCUAUGGAGGAGGACAUUCAUCACAUUCAGAAACAGACCUUCACAGACAGACAUACACAGCUUCUCAUCAGCUUCCUGGAUACUCUGCUACACAACAUCCUACUGGUCUUUCAGGAAUAUUUGAUACCAGUAUGCACAGUGCUGGAAGUAACACUAAGGAAACUUCUUCAGUUAUGAAUUUUCUCUCUGCUAUCGAGUCUCGUACUGCUCAAGCAGUCUCUUCAGGAUCUACCCUUUUACCACAAUUCAGGGCUCCUUCCUGGCAGACAGGUAUGCAUUCCUCAACAGCCACAGAACUGUUUGUUACUGGAGCUUUGCCAACCUCUGGAACAUUUCCACCAACAUCUGCUUUAUCAGCGUAUCAGCAUCCCAACACUUUCAGCAGUAGAAACUUUGCUACUACCCCUUCUCUUACUCUUCAAGAUACUACUUUCAGUGCUACAUCAAACGGUCUCUUAACUACCCAUGAUCCUUUAUUACAGAUUAAAACCUCGCAAGGCACUGUCCCCACCGCUUUGACAUUCGAGCGCCUGGGCGGUUCUGUGUUAAGUACCAGCAUCCCACCCCAGUCCUCAACAUAUCGCUCCGCUCAAGAAUCCGCGCCCCAUCUCUUGCAACCUCAGUUUAGUUUGUUGCCUUCGACCCUUGGAGGAGCCCAGCAGGUGUCUCAGGCGUACAGCACGUCUGCCUUUACCGGUUCCACCGCGUCGAUCGACAGAGCGCUUCAGCGAGAAUGUAGUGUCAUUAAACACCAUCAGCGGCCUUCAAGCACUCAGUCUGUUCAGCCUCAACUGACUGUUUCCCAGCAUUCCUUACACAGCUAUUUGACGAGUACCAGUGGAGUCAAUUUUCAGGAUACCUCCAGGCACUCGGCGUUAUCCUGCAGUCCGGUUGGAGAUGUUACUCAGGUGAGCAAUGGAGGACCACAGCAGAAGACUUCUCAAGUCACGGUGGAACUUGCUCAGUCCUACACAUCUGCAAUUCCGUCACCUGGUUUUCCAUCUGCUUCCACAGCAAAAGUGAAAAACUGUUCCAUGAAGCAGCCUCCAGGGUCGACAAAGACCCCCAAACCUCAAAGUGUAGCUCCCACUGUGCAGACACAAAGCUAUGCCAAAACUGCACAGAACCAGAGUUCUGUCAUUACAGGCCAAGCACAGAUCUAUUCUACAGCACAGCUCCCGAGCCUCUUGUCAGUCAGUCAGUCCCAAAACUAUGUUUCCUGCCAGGCUCAGCAUGUGCCACCUGUCAGUCACUCACAGGAUUUCUCAUCCAGCAAGGUUGAGAAGCUGCCCUCACUGUAUAAAACAUUGACUUUUUCUGGGCAAUCCCAAACUAUUACUUCUGAUAGUCAGACUCUAAGUUACUCCUCAGAGGAACAGGUGUUGACCUCAGUUCCAAAUGAGAACUACUCUGGGCAAUUGAGGGAACUUGCUUCAGUCAGCCAGUCUCAGAGCUACUCUUCUAGUCACUCUCAGGGUUUAUCUCCAGUUACCCAGUCCCAAGUUAAUUUUUCAUCUCAAUCACAAGUUUUAUCAGCCGUUAGUCCUUCAGAAAGCUAUUCUUCAGGGCAGUCUUUAACAUUAACAUCACCUUCUCUUUCCUUUAAUGCCUCUCCUCGGGUACAAACUCUUCCAGCCUCGAGUCCUAAUCAAAGCUAUAUUUCUUUGCAUUCUUCUCAGAACUCUCAGUCGCAAGAAUCCUCCUCUCCACAGUCUCAAAAGUUUUUGCCAUCUGUCCAGUCUCCUUUUGCAUCCCCAGCUCAUUCACAGACGCUGCAGAACAGCAGGCCUUCCUCAGAAACAAAGGCCUAUGUUAAGAGGAAGUCUGACUCUAACCUGUACGCCUCAUCCAAACAGGAGGAGGAGUUGUCAAUGCAGGAGAUGCAGGCAUUGCAACAGCAAGCUGCUCUUGAACCUUCCACUCAAAGCCUAACUGAGGAGGAAAUCAAUGCUCAGGAUGCAACCUAUAGGGUCUCAAAAGCAAAUGACAGAUACUCUCAAAGCGUGAUCAGAAGUAACUCUCGCCUUGAAGAUCAAGUUGUUGGACUUACUCUUCAGGGAACAAAAAAAGAUGAGAGAAUGGUCGGUUCUGUGGAGCAGCUUUCCCAACACAUUGGCCAUAUCACCAGCCUAAGCCACGACAUGAAAAAGACGGCGAAUUUAAUGCGAACAACACAAGUGACUGUGAGCGCUAAGGAGCUGAACCAGCAACAUUCUCUGAUGCAUAAGGUACAUGAAAGUAAGACUCCAGAACAGCAGGGCCAAGUCAUUAGUACUCCACCGCAGGUCCAGUCUCACGCUCUAAGACACGGCCAUCAGCUGUGUCUGCCCAGUGCACAGGUACUGCUGGAGUCAACCUGUGACUUGCAGAUCCUUCACCAGUCGAUACUGCAGUCGGGGUUGGGACAGGCAAAGGCAUCGCCGCAAGUGCAAAGAAUACAGAGUCCUCAACAGGUGACACAUCCCUUCCUUCAGAUGGAUGGUCAUAUUAUUCAAAGUAACGGGGGUCAUUCUCAGCAGCAGCUUCAUAGUCAGAAUUCAGAAGUAAUGAAAAUGGACAUUUCUGAGUCUGCAAAACCACUACAGCAACAUCUGACAGCAAAAGAUCAUUUUACUCAGACAAAUCAACAUGACUCAAAAAAUCAGUUUGUUUCUCUUAGUUCAAUAUGUUUCCCAGAAUCUAUACUUCUCAGUGAUGAGAGGAAUAUAUUGUCCAAUGUGGAUGACAUCUUAGCAGCAACAGCAGCAGCCUGUGGAGUGACUCCAUCUGACUUUGCCAAAUCAGCUUCUAAUGAAGAGGAAAUCCAGACUGUUGAAAAUAGUGAGGAGUCUAAAGCACAGUUCCGAUCACUGGAUGUAAGACAUGUGUCUUCUGUUUUCAGUGCCUCACCUACUGUAGUUGGGAAGCCAGCAAGCAGAAAUAAUAUUUCUCUGAAUGGGGGCCAGAUUACUCUAAAUCUUACACCAGUGUCAGCAGUACAGACGAAAACUGUGAACCUGGAUCAACAGCACAUUGAAACUUCUGAUCAAAAUGUACCAACAAGAAUGACCUCUCCCACCCUUGGUCCUGGUCAGGAAGAGCAGGAACAAGGGGCUGUUCGAGUUAAGAAACAAUCCAGCAUCAGUCACGAAUCUGAAGAAGAUAAUGAUGCUUCUGUUGAUGGUACACUGAAUGCAAGAGACACAGAGUUUGUUUCAAGUGGUAGGAGCCUAAGUGAAGAAAGUGCUGCUUCGGAGAAUGAUUUUAAUGUGGGUGGUGAUGAUGGUACAUUAGCAAGUAACCAGUCAAAGGUUCCGUUGCAGCCGCUAUCUGUGCCCCAAAGCGGAGAUGGAGCCAUUAAUAGAACUGAAGAAGAAUGCCAAGAUUUAGCUCAAGGGAACCUUCAGAAGAAAAAAAGCAAAGGAAAAAGCCAAAACAAAAAUGCUGCAGAAGAUGACAGUGCAAUUCAGAAACAGGUGAAAAGAAGCGGGCAGUGUAAACGUCAGAAUUCGAGAGGAAAUGACUCAUGUUUCACGUACUCCUCUCCUGUUUCUGAAAGUUGUUAUGAUACUUACCAACAUCAGGAAAGAAUGAGGCAAAAAAUUAAAGAAGUUGAAGAAAAACAGCCCGAAGUCAAAACAGGAUUUAUUGCAUCUUUUUUAGACUUUCUAAAGUCGGGGCCUAGGCAACAGUUUUCCACUCCAGCUGUGCGAAUGCCAAACAGGACUAGGCGACCAGUUACACAAGUAGUUCGUGCCCCUUGCCUACAGUCCUCUGCAAAGCCUCAGCCAGCAGCAGCAGCAACACCUGUAGCUCCUGAGGUUAGUGGAGAAAGUCCGACCAAAAAAGCUGAUGAAGAACUUAAGAAAAAUUUAGAAACGUUGCCUUCAUUUUCUUCUGAUGAAGAUGAUUCCGUGGGUGGUAACCAUGAUCUUCAGAAGAGCAUCUCUACUGCAUUGUCAGCCCUGGAUGACACAUCUGAUAGAAAGAUCAAAUCAGAAACUGAGAAAGGGACAGUUGUCACUGCUGCUGCCACCACCACUACUGCUGUAAUAAAGCAGGACUCUCCCCAGACAACUGCCCCUGUAGGCAAUGUGCAGGAGAAAGUGAAUCCAGCUGACCCCUUAAAAGCAGCUCAGCAGGAUGCUGUGACUACAGAACAAUUGGCAAAAACGCAGGAGACUGUGGCAAUAGAAGGAUGUACUGACGAGGAGAACAUGGACAGUGGAGGAGAGGGCAUGUACAGAGAACGUGAUGAAUUUGUAGUGAAGAUUGAAGAUAUAGAGACACUAAAGGUUGCUUUGCAAACAGGAAAGGAGCCUCCAGCUAUCUGGAAAGUACAGAAGGCUUUACUGCAAAAGUUUGUUCCUGAAGUGCGAGACGGACACAGAGAGUUUGCUGCUACUAAUAGUUAUCUUGGGUAUUUUGGCGAUGCAAAAACAAAAUACAAACGAGUGUAUGUGAAGUUUGUUGAAAAUGCAAACAAAAAGGAAUAUGUGAGAGUAUGCUCAAAAAAACCACGCAUCAAGCCUGUACAGUCAGCAAGGACUAUUCAUUGCAAACCUAGUAAUAGCAACAUCAAACCCCCUGAUCCACCAACACCAAAACCAACAGCAGCAAAAGUCUCUUCUGUGAAACCCAAAGCUAAGCAGCCAAAGGUUAAGGCUGAACCACCACCAAAGAAAAGGAAAAAGUGGAAAGAAGAAUUUUCCUCUUCCCAGUCUGAUUCUUCACCUGAGGCCCAGAGUGAAGAGGAUGAGGUUGUACCUCCAGCUCCCCUUGUUACUCGCUUUUUGAACACAAGAGCUAUGAAAGAGACUUUUAAGAGCUACAUGGAGUUGCUUGUUAGCAUUGCCUUGGAUCCCGACACAAUGCAAGCCUUGGAAAAGAGCAAUGAUGAGCUACUUUUGCCUCACAUGAGAAAAAUUGAUGGUAUGCUGAAUGACAAUAGGAAAAGGCUGCUUCCCAAAUUACGCUUGGAUCAUGCUUUCAAGAAUGCUUUGGAAAACUUUCCUGAACUGACGGUGAUCACUCGGGACCCCAAGACAAAAUGUGGAGGAACAUCUGUGUCUAAGAUCAAAAUGAAUGGGAAAGCUUACAACAAAAAAACACUGAGGGCUUCUAAGUCAACCACUAAAUUAGCACAGGAGUUUACAGUAGAUCCAGAAAAAAUACAGUUGUAUUCUUUGUAUCACUCACUCCAUCAUUACAAAUAUCACAUAUAUCUAACAUGUAAAGAAGAGAUUUCUUCUGUUCAGAAGACGAGUGCAGACCUAGGCCAGGAAGAGAUUGUGCAGCUGUGCAUGAAAAACAUCAAAUGGGUGGAGGAUCUUUUCGAAAAGUUUGGUGAACUUUUGAAUCGUGUCCAGCAGAAAUGCUCAUAACAAAAGUGUAUCCCAAAUCUCCCGUUUUUUUCUACGGCACUAACCUGAUGGAACAGAAGGCUCAGAGAGAGAGGCUCUGAUUUCUUUUACAAUGCCAGACUGCUUCUUGUUCGUAGCCAUUUUUAUUUCUCCUUAUGGAACUUUGUGCCUUGGCUCGUGCUAAGGAAUAGUGAUGCUGCCAAGGAAAUCAGUCCUUUGAAGAUGGAACUAAACAUAAAACCUAACCACAUUUUUAACCUGAAGAGUUAUUUUCUAUUUUGUAAACUAUUGGAUAACUUAGUUUUAUUUUCAGAAACGUUUUUGACAAGUGAUAAAGCAUGCACUACAUAUACUUUUUUCUUUUUUUUUUAUUGCUGAACAGAUAACAACACCUAAAAUACUACAGAUUUUUCCAUCCCUGACUAAGCGAGAGAAAAGUCAGCGUUGGGGUGAACUAAUUUUUACAUGUCUGGCCACCAAAUUUAGAGUUUUGUACAUUUUGUGAACAGAGCCGGGGUGACAUCAGUUUCUGCAUACGUAUAUUGCCAUAAUAAAAUCCAGAAAUUUCAUUAUGCUUUAUGGACUCCUUUUACUAUUAUCAUGUUCAGGAGACUGAACAUGGAGUUGGUGCAAUCCUAUGACUGCUUUUGUGUCAAAUUAUAUUGUAAUGAAAGACAAUGACCUUAACUAUUUUCCCUGUUUUGAAGAAAAAAAUAUUUUCCUUUAUACUGUGUUUUUUUUUUUCCUUUUGGAAAAAAAAAAAAAGAAUUCAAUUGUACAUUUUAUCUCACUAAUAGUUGUAUUUUUCACAGAGGAAAUAUUGUGGUUAAAAUUGUUACAUGUAUCUUUGUAAUACACUUUCCAUUGUUUUCAGUAAAUCCUAUUCAUUUAUAUGUUGAUUUCAUAUUGUAAACUAUGUAUCUCGAGGUAACCCUUUUGUUUAUACAGGUUUGCUUCAGUGUUAACCAGAAUAAUGCAUAAUGCAUACUAGACUAGUUUUGCUUUAAGUGUAGUUGUGUUAGACACUGCAAUUAUUUUCUGAUACGUGAAAAUAAAUUUCUUACUAAACUA